UAGUAAGUAGUUUUUUUUAUCCAGUGUUUUAAUGUAACCUUGACAUAAUUUACUUUGAGCCCAAAACUAAGAACAUCUUGUGUGUGAUUCUUGUUGAGGUUGCAAAUUAAAACUAUUAUUAUAAUGACAUUUUUUAUUUUUAUUAAAAUUCAUAAUUAAGUGAAAUAAUAAUUUGUUGCAAAUCUUAAAUAAGUAAAGGGAGCUAAUUGUUUUUAUUCAUAGCUAUUUACUUUAAAAAUCCAUUACUUACAUGUCAGACUCCUUGAUCCCAUGACCAUAUAAAGACCUCAAUUUUUAACUAAGUUGAUUUACUUCACUUUGAUUCUUACCAUCAUUAGCAAAUCAAUACCUUAACCUUAGCAAAUAAUUACCCACUUAGGGUAUUAUAAAAUGAUUUCAAUCAACUACCCACUUUUCUACUCCACAUUUUAUUAUUGUUGUUGAUUUGUAGGUCAAACAGAAAUUCUUUAAUAUACUUUAUGUAUCUUUAAACUUGUCUUAAUAUAGUGUACCUAUAUUCUUUUUUAAUGUGUUUUUAUACUGAAACUGUGUUUUUUGUAGUCUAGCACUAAAAUAUACUAUCCAGGAUGAGCAUGGUAAUGCUGCCUAAAGGUAGUCAAAGAAUGAUGCAGGUAACCAGUGACGUCCUUCGUGGUGUGGUGGCCCUCGUGGACGUCGGCGGUGAGAGCCGGGCGCUGCCGCUGCGCUGUGCACUGACGGCGCUGGGAGCGACCGUCGUUAUAGAGUGGAGUCCACUAGUCACACAUCUUGUGUGGACCGAUGCGGGGUCCCGCGCCACGCGGUCCCGCGCGCGCGCGCUGGCGUGCGGGCUGGUGUCGCCGCUGUGGGUGGAGGCGUGCGCGGCGGCGGCGCGGCGCCUGCCCGAGCGCCGCUUCCCGGCCGCGCCGCGCGCCUCCGACCUGCCCUCGCCGCGCACGCUGCGCCAGCUGCUGAAAAAAGCGGAAAGAGAGAAUGUCCCUCUAAUAGACUUGCUGUCAGACAGUAAGGAGGACAACAACAACUGUCCGAAGCUCAGGAUAUCGUCAGAGACUGACACCAGCACUGACAAGAGCCACGACUCUUCAAGGGAAGCCAUUGGUAUAGAGUCCCGUGUGAACACAGCCCCCCGAGGCCAGGGCUCGCCCGUCCGCGGGGGAAAGUCGCGACGGAAGCUGUUCACACAUAAGGAGGGCGAACUAGCCACGUCCGGAGACGAAACAGAGGACGAAAGAACAGGUCGCAACAAGUUGCAGAACAGCAAGAUAACGCAACGCGAUCGUCGCGACCUCGCCCGCGCUGAACGAAUGGCCAAGAAACUGCUCGCCGAGUGCAACACGCAACGCAACCAGCCCGCGCAACAAACACAGAACACGAUGAAACCGAAAAUUGUCCUAACGGGUAUGUCUCGUCAAGAAAGGCAAGCGGUCACUCGCGCGAUACAGUCCCUCAACGGUUGCAUUCAGAAGACUGUGAACAAACGAACCACACACGUGUUGCUGGGCUCGUGUCGCAACACAACCAGUUGCAGCAACCAUCCGUCAAACAUCACAGGUGUAGCUAGUCACUGUGACUUAAGCAAGUCGUCGUGUUGGCCGGACGCGGCGGACAGGUCGGCCCGCACGGCCCGCGCGCUGGCGGGCGCGGCGCGCGGCUGCCGCGUGCUGCACGCGCGCUGGGCCGCGGCCUGCGCCGCGCAGGGGGGGUGGCUGCGACCGCACGGGUACGAGGUGCAGCAUCUCAACAAGAUCUCUCAGAAAGCUCGCGUUGAACGCUCAGCUCUUGGUCUACAACGCUCAGAAUACGCUUACGACGUAUUCAACGGCAUGAGAAUACACAUCACACAAGAGGCUGACCAGAGAGACGCCGCUAUCGAACUCAUUACACUUUGCGGCGGGAUUGUACAUAAUGGCGCCCAAGAUGGCGGACCAACUGCCAAAAAUACACAAAAUGGCCGUCCUUUACAAGAUGGCAGCCAAAAUGGCCGCCGAAUGCAAGAUGGCGUCGAAUAUGAUGUGAUUGUGGGCUCAAGGCCUGGUGAAGUGAACUCAAAGUGGGUGUUUGACAGUGUUGCGGUUGCGAGAAUGCGGACCACUAGACGAUAUAUUAAUAUGAACAGCUUUCAUGAGCUACAGAAUUCUUGGGGUGGGUGAACUAUGUCUUUGUUAAUAGGUUUAGUGAAUCGACCUUAUAAACUGGCCAAACAUAAGUAACAUUUGCUACUAAAUGGUUGCUGUUGCCUUACUCAGCAUAACUCUUUAUGUGAGUUUGGUCAGCAGCAGAAAUCAGUUAUAUAUUACAACCAAUUAGAUCUUAAAACAAGUGUACGCACGGACAGCCGAGUGGUAUAGUCGACUUCGAUACAACUGUUGGUGUGAUCCUCUUAUUCUUGUCCUGAGUCUAGGUGUCUUUGUGUAUACAGGGUGGAAGGGACUAGUAUUAAGGAAUAAUCCAAUAAUAAGGAAGGGAUUUAAUGACACAUAAAAUUUAAAAGGCGCGAUAAAUAAAUGCGAUUUGCCGAUGAGAAAUCGCCGCGACACAAAGAUUAAAUUACAAGUCGUUUAAAAACCUUCUCUUAAAAAUCUCUUCUCGAUGCUAUUGAAUGUCCACCUUCAUAUUCAUGAAGUUUCCAUGAGUUUCGAGAGACUGCUAACAAACAGACAGAGCAGAAUAAGUUGCAGGGUUCUUUCCUUCUAGGUGCUGAUAUUUUUAAUGUGUAUUAGAAUAUGUUUAAUUACAACAAAGUUAAGCAUAAUAAUGUUUAAUUGAUAGUUAGAAAAAUAUUUUUCGUGCGUUUACCAAGUAUUCCAUAAUAACUUAAAAACAAUAUUCAAGUGUUAACUAGAUGGCGCUAGUGUAUUCGCAAUGUCAGGCACAUUGCGGUUCCAAGGCUCUCUGUGACAAAAAGAGUGAAAUAUAUCCUGCUCGUAAUGACUAUCAUUGGUUAGACUUUUUGGGUUUGACUAAGUCAGAAAAUAGGGAUAAUGACAAUUUUUUUUUCAGUGUCCGUCUUGUAGAUUUUUGUAUAUUAAUGGAUACGUAUUUUUUAAUUUGUCCCGCAAACAUAAAUUGACCAAAUUACAGUGAAUGAAACUUACGCGUGACGUAACGAUUGAGUACAAAUUUUACCAUAUCGUUACGUCGCAAGCCCCCUCUCCUAAACUUUAAAGCAAUUAAUCUUUGUUAAUUAUAGUUUUUCUGAAAAAGGAAAAAAUACGUGUCUCAUACUUUUCAAUUAUCUAGCUGAGGGACUAAUGAGAUUUUUUCUUUCAGUCAUCAUCCCUAUUGUUUGAGAAAAACCCUUGUGUCUGUUGGUACAUUGUUUACUCACAUACUGUCCAAUAACCUAAAUAAUAAUGAUGUAUUAUGUUGCAUUAUAAUUAAAUGCGAAAUAGUUUUCAAAAUAUUUAGGUUUAUUUUAUUUGAUGUCAAAAAGGAAAAAUAGCCAAUUGUCAAAUCCAGUUCCUUGGGAAGCAAAUAUGAAUUAAUUUCCAUCAAAACGAUUUGAAAAUGAAGUUAACAGUCAAUUUGUAUCAUAUUUAUGAUUAUUAUGACAACUUGUAACAUAUGUUAAGUCGGCCAUUUGUAAGCCUAUCGGUAUUAUUAUUAUUUAUUACAUACUUUUACUGUUGUAAUACCAUAAAAUCAUGUUUUAUUAUUUAA